UCUUCUGCUUAACAGCUAUAUGACUGCUCUAUUUUGUUGUGUAGAUAGGCAUGUUGAAGAGCUCGUGUAAAUUGGCAAUCAAACAACUGAAGUCAUGGAUGAAGCCAGAGAAGGCUAAAACUUCAAUAACCACUUUCCCUUCCUCAGCUGAAAUAGUGUCUGAGCCUCUUGGUGUUGUUCUAAUAAUUUCAGCAUGGAAUUAUCCUUUCUUGUUGUCCCUUGAUCCAGUUGUUGGAGCCAUUGCAGCUAGUAAUGCUGUAGUUCUAAAACCAUCAGAACUUGCUCCUGCCACAUCGUCAUUGCUUGCAAAACUAUUAGGAGAGUAUAUGGAUAGCUCUUCUAUGAGAGUUGUUGAGGGGGCUAUUGCUGAAACAUCUGCACUACUGGAGCAGAAGUGGGACAAAAUAUGUUACACAGGUACUUAUUUUCCUCACUUUGUAGUCUAUUAAUUACUUAAAGAUAUUGAUCCACUGGUUGAUCAAUAUUCUAUUACUAAUGUUCUGUGGUAGAUCUCUUUCUGUAUGAUGUAGAUAUAUAAUGAUCAUAAAGAUGAAAUAAAAAGAAAGGAGAAU